GGGGGGGGGCGUAUUGGGUGUCGCACUCCAAAACUCACUGACUCUUUGGGAGGAAGCCCCGCGGAACGCAGCGCGACUUGCUUUGGAGUCUGAGGGCCCACAGCAGCGCCGUAAGCACUUCUCCCUCCCCCCUUUCGUCUCCUGCCCCUGGCCUUGCUUUUGGACAGGCGCCCUCGCUUGUCUCCCGGUGGGCGGUAAUGCCCUUGAGCCGCACCUCAGCCGCCGCCGGCCCCCCGGCCGCCGCCUUGUAGGUAAAAGUCCUGGGUUUUGCUCGAGGUAGCCGGGCUUACUCUUUUAAGUCUUUUAAGUCUGUUAAGUACGCCGUAUGAACAGACGCGCGGUGGAUCAACAGUUUUGAUGUAUACGGUAACGAUGCAUCUUUUGCAAGCAGUUCUUGCAGAAACCAAACAGCGUUCUCUUCCCCUUCGCCCCCUCUUCAAGGAAGAAAAACAAAAUCUGGCCAAGCUCAAAAUCGAAUAUCGCCGGGUUUCACAAUAUGAGCUUAACAGCGUUGUUGCGCUUGAAAAUGUAAUUAAGACCGUGCAGCCAAUUGGGUGCUUUCCUUGCCUCAGAUGGUGCUAAUCAAGGUUUAUGAGCAAGACCCUAAGUAGUAAUUUCUUGUGUUAAAAUUAAAAAUACUUUGCAUUUCACGGCCUUGGUGUCAAAUCCUGUGUGGGCAGGUGGGAGAAUCGCAACUGAAUGUCACAGCAAUCGGAUAAAUUCCCAAGAAGGCUUUGGGAAGCCAGCACAUGCUCUCAUUUGUUGAGAGACUUGGCUGCAACAAAAGAUUUCAUCACCUUUUGCUGUCUCUUUCAAAAGUGUUUGGAAUAUGAACACUUGCACCAGAAUAAACAGAAGCGCGAAGUAGAGCUAAGUGAGUUAUUUUAGUGUCAGUUUCUAUGCAGGAGUGUCCCACAAAAACAUUUUAUUUGCUUAGGUGGUGAGAAUUUUUAAUGAAUAGUUUGAUUUAUGAAGGUUACAAAUGUGGUUUUAAUGCUGCUGGAUAUCUGUCAGGUUUUUAAAAAUACUAUUUUUAACAACUUGAUGAGCAGCACAAGCUACUGCUAAUUAGGUUGGUGGGGCCCUAUAUCCCUGAGGACUCAUAAUUAUUAUAAGGAAAAGGAAUACAGAAAGGCUCAUCACAAUGAAAUGACAAAAUAAACAUUCAUUAUAAGGAAAGAAAGUAAGAAACAAGAACAAUUUAUUUCAAAGACAUAUGAGUGGCCAGUUUGAUUCUGUACAGUAGUUCUAUUUUGAGGGCAGAAGUAAAAAUGGAACCACCAGAGCAUCAACCAGCAUGCAGUUUCUUCUUGCCAAUUGGUUCUGGCUUUGCUCCCAGCUCAGAAACUUGCUACCUAGCUCAUACUACAAGGACAAACCAGAAGAGGACCACACAAACUUUAAUACAAAUUGGGUUUUGGUUCUCAUAGGUGCUUUUGCAUAGGAGGGACCACACACAGUGAUAUGUGAGGUGACUGCUCCGUAUGUUGAACAGUUUCUAUGUGCCUUGCUGCACUGGUUUUCCCCACCCCAAAUUCUUUUAUCUUUAAAAUAUGUGCAAUGCAGUCCUGUGCAUGAUUCUUUGGAAGUCCCACCAAACUCCUAGGUAAGCAUAUAUAGAAUUGUAACCUCUAUAUUUUUUGGUCAGAGGAACUCAACACUACAUUUCAGUGCUACGGGCAUAAUCACAAGGUUGGAACUGAUCAACAUGGUGAUCCAAUACUCAGGAUGAUAGUUACUGCAUGGAGGAGCUGCUGUGCAAAGGCAGUUUUGAAUGACUUGUUUACAUACAUGAUGGAUUCAUUGUGAAAAAAGGAAAAGGUGAACCUCAAGCAGGUGCCCAAGGUGAAUGUGGUUCACAGUUCAAUUACCAAAUACAUUUCAACAAAUGUUUUCACUAUAGACAACUGUAAAUACCGAUAGACAAUAAUUGAAACCAGUAACCUCCAAUCAAAUAGUUUAUUGCUUAUAACUUAAAGGUGCAAAUAGAGUACAAAAUAGAUGGAAUUGAACCACUUCUCUGCACUCCACUGCUAUGGGAAUUCUAGCUUUACAUACCAGCCAAUUCUAGCCAUAUGGAUGGUUAUUAAAAGCAAUCUUAGAACUGUCAACCAACUGUUCAUAUUCUUUUCCAAAUACAAAAAUAUGUGAACCAGCUGUGAAUUUCUCUUUGUCAAAGAAGCCCUACUGUAUAGAUGACUUCUGGUGUUUGAAUGAGAACAACAGUUAGGUAUAUCCUUCUAUCCUUAUCACAUGAGCUGCCGUUAUUUGUUUACAUGUGGAGUCAAGAUUUAUGGGAAGUACGUGGGUAGUUGCUGAAGAGUUAGGUGCAUGCUCACUGUGGAUAGCUUUGUACCAUGUAAUCUUUUUAAAAAUGAAUGGUCUAAUAAUUAAUGUGCUGUUAACUUCUAGGUCAUAUUUCUUCAUGGAUUAGGAGAUACCGGGCAUGGGUGGGCAGAAGCAUUUGCUGGAAUCAGAAGCCCACACAUAAAGUAUAUUUGCCCACAUGCGACACUGAUUCCCAAAUGGUGGCUUGGGACCACCUGGGAAGUACCACUUGACAGAACUGCAAAACAAGGAGUAUGACUUCAAUGAAGGGGUGGGGCUGAAGGCCAGUUAUGCCAGUUUCUGUAAACAUGAACAUGGCUAUGCCUUCUUGGUUUGAUAUCUUUGGCCUCUCUCCAGAUUCACAGGAAGAUGAAGCUGGGAUUAAGCAAGCAUCAGAGAAUGUGAAAGCACUUAUUGAGCAAGAAGUAAGGAAUGGAAUACCCUCAAACCGAAUAAUUUUGGGAGGAUUUUCUCAGGGAGGAGCUUUAUCACUGUACACAGCUCUCACAACAAAUCAGAAACUGGGGGGUGUUGUAGCACUCAGCUGUUGGCUUCCGCUGCGGACCUCAUUUCCACAGGGUCCUAUCAACUGUGUCAACAGAGACAUUCCCAUUUUCCAGUGCCAUGGUGACCGCGAUCCUUUAGUUCCACUUAUGUUUGGUUCUGUCACUUCUGAGACACUAAAGACUAUGUUAAAUCCUGGCAACAUAAGUUUUAAAACUUAUUCAGGCAUGAUGCAUAGCUCGUCUAUUGAGGAAAUGAUGGAUGUGAAGCAGUUUAUUGACAAGCAACUACCUCCAAUUGACUGAAACCAUGUGAGAAACCUUUUGUUAAAUGCACCAGCAGCAGUUGUCACCUGUACUAAAUUGUUUCUUUUCAUGCAGCCAUUUCUAAAGUAUUUCUGUGCCUACAGUGUUCACUGUAUUGCAAAGACUAGAUCACAUAACUUUGAGAAGUAAUGCUCUUUUCAAACUUCACUGGCCACAGUGUAGAUCGAAGGCAGAGGAAAAGCAUGUUAGAAUAUAAUUAGGUAUACCCCUCCAUGCGUGAUCGCUCCAAAUUUACAUUUGUCUCUUGAUAACUGAAUACCUCUUCUUUAAAAUAAUUGUUUAAAUGAGAACAGUUAAUGUUCCAGACCUGUUUUAUUACUGCUUACAAAAUUGGCAUUCAUGUCAAUUGUAUACAUACAAUUGUAUACAUACAAUAUGCAGUAUGUAAAACUGAGUAAGCAUGCAGUGGUAGUAUAAGUAUAUAUACUUAAAGAUCAAGUUUAAUCAAUAUUAUUGCAUGAGCAAGAGAAGACUGUUGCUCAGUCUUUAAUUAUUCCUGCACAUUGAUGAAAUAUAGUAUUAUCACCUCCCUGUGUGUCAGGUUACUUUGAAAACUUAAAAGCACCUGAUCUCAAGUCAGAUUCCCACUCAACUGCACUUAAUAUGAUUUUAAUAUAAAUCUUUAAUACAUUGAAUUCCUAGCAUAAGCUUUCCUAAAGUAUUGGAAAACCUAAACUCUCAAAUCCUCUUAAGUAGCCUAGUAAAAUUUCUGAAUUUAAAGUAAAAGAAUAUAUUUUAUGAACAAUUUAUUGUAAUUUGCUUUCUUCUGCUAUAGCAAAAACAGGAAUGUGCUGUGGUACAACCACUGAGGCUAUAGACAAGAGGAUCUAGAAAAGUAAUUGGACUCAUUUUUCUUUGCACACUUAGCACAAUAGUGUGACUUUUUUGUUUUAAAAUGUUUCAGACUUUGAGCCUUUGUCAGACUAGUAUCUCCCCCCCCCCUGCCCUAAAUUUAUGGCAAAUCUUUGAGAAAUAAAAUGUUCUCCCUUGCUCAACCUGCCAAACCUUAUUGCAUUUUAAUCUAUACAUAUACAAAUAAAAUUUGAAGCUUCAUAAGUAACUUGUAGAGCCAGCUUCAAAAAAAUUCAUCUAAUGUAUUCAGAAGCAGUAUUGCAGAUUUGGUGGUAGUGCAAAUCAUAAAUAUGUAGAAAAGUUUGGACAUUUCCCCUCUCUUCCAGGCCAUCACUGAAGUUCCACUAUUUUGCUAAUUGCCUUGACAUUACACUGCUGAUACAUAUCUUAUUCUUAAUGAUGUUGAAAUUACAGCUUCUGGGGUUUCUUCUAUUAUCUCUCUUCUUUAUGCAUAUAAUCCAAGCGUAGGGAUACAAUCCAACACAGUCAUAUGUGCACUUUAUUAAGUUACAGAUGUUACAGUGUUCCAAGGAUGUUUGUAAUGUGACUGUAAGUACUUCUAUCUAGCUUUGUGUAUCACAUUCCUUGAGCCUUGCUGGACCUUCUGUAGCCUCAGGGCCAUCUAUAUACCAGCAGAAUUGGGCAGUAAAGUGGUUCCUGGUCUGCACAAGUUCAGAUUUCAAAUGAAAGAAUAAUAGGUUUGACUGUUCUUAGCAGUCUCCCUAAUUUGCUGUGUGCUAGGAGAGAGUUCGAAUGAACUGAAACAUGCCACCUUUCCAUUUGUAGAAAUGGAUUCCUACAUUGCAUACAAUGUAUUUCAUACAAUGCAUUUCAGGAACAGCUUUACCACUUAAUUCUGCUGAAUAGAAUUCAGCCCUUAAACAGUAGUGAAUGCUUCUGUACUCAGCCUUCCUUCCAAGAUAUUUCAGUGCUGAGAACCUCUGCUGGUGUGCACAGAUUUCAAUAUGAAACCAGUGUGACUCUCCUGAGUGCUUGUCCUGUUUAUACUGGAUAAUAGUUUUCAAUAUAAAUUAUAGUUUGCAGCAGAAGGCAAUCUGUCAUUUUUCCGGCAAUGUGUGAAUUUUUUCAGAACCUUGCUUUAACAGAAGUUGGUCUGCUAAAAAGUAUUUCUAAUGGAAUAGAUACGUUCUAUUAAGCAGUAGUGAAAAUAGAUGUUUUGAUUUACUAGACUAGAUCCAUGUUUUAUCAAUUUGUGUGAAACUACUGAAAUAAAAAUGGUAGUACUCCAAUAAGAUACAAAUUUAGUUCACUUUGAAAUUAUAGACAUGUAGCAUUUUGUCAAAUCAAAAUUUGAUAUCCAGUAUUGGAUGAAAUACUUAAUUGCCAACUUGCUGAUGAAUAUUAAUUAUAUUGUAUGUAUAUUACAGCCUAAAUGCUGCAUCCAAGGAAAACUAAUGGCUUCAUUUUACCCUGAUAGGAUGUGGCCUUUAUUUUUCCCUUAAGUAUUGUACAAUGUCAAUGCAGUGAAUUGCUGAAGGAGUACAGUACUCUAACUUGUUAUUCUAGAUCUGUUAAUUAAAUGUUUGCCUUAGUGAGGUGUAUUGCACUUCAUUAAACUGCAAAAUGCAUCUUUUUAUAAAUAGGUGCUAUUGACACUCAAAAUGAAUAUAGUUUUAAGAAUGUAUUGUAUAGGAUGUUAAUGAAGCCAUACAUUUAGGCUGGGAUAUUUUAUAAAGAAAUUUAAUUUGGCUUUCUUUUAUCCUAAGUUGUAGAAAUACACAGUUAAGGUAACAUCUUGAUUUUAUAUUUCUUUAUAGAAAUAAAUCUUGUUCAAAUGGCUUUCUUGUAAUUGAAAAUUGUAACCCUUUCUGUUACUGUGAAAUAAAGUCUGAACAACCA